CUCCUCCUUUUUUUUUUAAGAAAAAAAAACAUGACAAGUAGAAGUACAGAAACAGUAAAGAAUGUCAUUGUGGGAUCAAGUCUUGCAGCCAUGGCAGGCGGAACAACAGGUGCAACAAUUGCCGUAUUAAAGAAUGCGCCUGUCAAACAAUGGACUAUUUCAACAGGCUUAAACUGUGGUGUCUUUGGUGCUACUUUCUUUUGUAAUGAACACAUACGAUCAUAACUCUCUAUUAAACUGUUCUUUUAGUGGUCCGAGAGACAUUUAUUACUUAUCAAAGACAAAAGAACUCACAGUUUGGAUUAAAAGAUUCAGAGACAAAAGAUAUGGAUGCCAUGUUUAGUAGUGCCAUGGCAGGUGCUACGACAGGUGGAUUAUUGUCUGCGGCUUAUCGUGGGCCCAAGAGUGUCUUGUCAGGCGUUGUGAUCUUUGGUAGUAUUUGUUCUGUCUUGCAAGGCAUUUAUACCAAAGGUAACCAUUGGCGACAAGAUGCUAUUAUCCAACAAAUGAACCCUGUUGUCGAACCAACACCAUCACCACCUCAACAAAAAAAAGGAUUUUCUAUCAUGCAAUACAUUCAAUUACCUGCUUGGUUUCCUAUCCAUCAAUUAUCAGAAGAAGAGUACAAUGAAUUAUUAGAUACCAAACUACAGACACUAGAAGCUGAACUGGCUGAAUUAGAACAAAAACUAAACAAAAAAU